AUGUCGCCCGCCUGUCGCCCGCCGCCAAUGAUUGCAAAUUGCAUUUAUAUCUAUCAGUAUUUCUUACGGAUUCACUCUGCAAGGGAUGUUGAUGCUGACAGCCUCCGAUUCUGCACUGUGCAAAUUACCUCUCUUAGAUGUUGCUUCUUUUGGGACAAAACUCUGUUGACCUCUGCUUUCACAAGACACAUGAUUGCCCAAGUUUUUGCUGGGCAAACUAUUGGCGUUCGGUAUUUUUCACGAGGAUUUGCUGAUGGAGGAGAACGUAAAAUACAAUUGUUUGGUACUACAACUGAUAUCACGUCCGCGAGUGUCAUGGACCUGCUAAGCGUCAAUGGUUAA